AUGCCAUGCGCCCAGAGGAGCUGGCUUGCAAACUUCUCGGUGGUGGCUCAGCUUCUGAACUUGGGGGGCCUGUGCUAUGGGAGACACCCUCAGCCAGGCCAGGUGCGCUUCCGGGACAGCAGGCAAGAGCAUGUCCUCAAGGCCCUGCCAGAAUACCAUGUGGUGGCCCCUGUCCGAGUGGAUGCCGGCGGUCGCUUUCUGUCCUAUGGCUUGUACCACCCCUUCACCAGCAGCAGGAGGAAGAGAGACUUGGAUGGCUCAGAGGACCGGGUGUAUUACAGAAUUUCACAUGAGGAAGAGGACCUGUUUUUUAACUUGACGGUCAAUCGGGGAUUUCUAUCCAAAAGCUACAUUGUGGAGAGGAGAUAUGGGAACCUGUCCCAUGUGAAGAUGGUGGCUUCCUCGGCCCCCCCCUGCCAUCUCAGGGGCACGGUUCUGCAGCAGGGUGCCAGAAUCGGGACUGCAGCCCUCAGUUCCUGCCAUGGACUGACUGGAUUUUUCCAUCUACCACAUGGAGACUUUUUUAUUGAGCCUGUCCAAAAGCAUCCCCUGGCCGAGGGAGAGUACCACCCACACAUCAUCUACAGGAGGCAGAGGCAGAGAGAGCCAGACAUGAAGGAGCCAACCUGUGGAUUAAAGGACAGUCUUGGCAUGUCCCAGAAACUAGAGCUACAGCGAGAGAAGUGGGAGAGGAACCACUUGCCAAGCAGAAGCCUCUCCCGACGUUCCAUCAGCAAAGAGAGAUGGGUGGAGACGCUGGUGGUGGCGGACACGAAGAUGAUUGAGUAUCAUGGGAGCGAGAACGUGGAGUCCUAUAUCCUCACCAUCAUGAACAUGGUCACUGGGUUAUUCCAUAACCCAAGCAUUGGCAAUGCAGUUCACAUUGUUGUGGUUCGGCUCAUUCUGCUUGAAGAAGAAGAGCAAGGAUUGAAAAUAGUUCACCACGCAGAGAAGACACUGUCCAGCUUCUGUAAGUGGCAGAAGAGCAUCAACCCCAAGAGCGACCUCAACCCUGCCCACCAUGAUGUGGCCGUCCUUCUCACCAGCUUCGGCAUUCAGCAUGACGGGAAAGAAAAUGACUGUGAGCCCGUGGGCCGGCACCCAUACAUCAUGUCGCGCCAGCUGCAGUACAAUCCCACCCCGCUGACGUGGUCCAAGUGCAGCAAGGAAUACAUCACCCGCUUCCUGGACCGAGGCUGGGGGUUCUGUCUUGAUGACACCCCCCAAAAGAAAGGCUUGAAGUCCAAGGUCAUUGCCCCUGGAGUGAUCUAUGAUGUUCACCACCAAUGCCAGCUGCAGUAUGGCCCCAAUGCUACCUUCUGCCAGGAAGUAGAAAAUGUUUGUCAGACACUGUGGUGCUCAGUGAAAGGCUUUUGUCGCUCAAAGCUGGACGCUGCUGCCGAUGGGACACGAUGUGGCGAGAAGAAGUGGUGUAUGGCUGGCAAGUGUAUCACAGUGGGGAAGAAACCAGAGAGCAUUCCCGGAGGCUGGGGCCGCUGGUCACCCUGGUCCCACUGCUCUAGGACCUGUGGGGCCGGAGCCCAGAGUGCAGAGAGGCUCUGCAACAACCCUGAACCAAAGUUUGGAGGGAAGUACUGCACUGGAGAAAGAAAACGCUAUCGCUUGUGCAACGUCCACCCCUGCCGCCCAGAGGCACCAACAUUUCGGCAGAUGCAGUGCAGUGAGUUUGACACUGUUCCCUACAAGAAUGAAUUCUACAACUGGUUUCCAGUGUUUAAUCCAGCACACCCCUGUGAGCUCUACUGCCGACCCAUAGAUGGCCAGUUUUCCGAGAAAAUGCUGGAUGCUGUCAUUGAUGGUACCCCUUGCUUUGAAGGUGGCAACAGCAGAAAUGUCUGUAUUAAUGGCAUAUGUAAGAGGGUUGGCUGUGACUAUGAGAUCGGUUCCAACGCCACAGAGGAUCGCUGCGGAGUGUGCCUUGGGGAUGGCUCUGCCUGCCAGACCGUGAGAAAGAUGUUUAAACAGAAAGAAGGAUCUGGCUAUGUUGACAUCGGACUGAUUCCAAAAGGAGCAAGGGACAUACGGGUAAUGGAGGUGGAGGGAGCUGGAAACUUUCUAGCCAUCAGGAGUGAAGACCCUGAAAAAUAUUACCUCAAUGGAGGAUUUAUUAUCCAAUGGAAUGGGAACUACAAGCUGGCAGGGACCAUCUUUCAAUAUGACAGGAAAGGCGACCUGGAGAAACUGAUGGCCGCAGGUCCCACCAAUGAGUCGGUGUGGAUCCAGCUUCUGUUCCAGGUGACUAACCCUGGUAUCAAGUAUGAGUACACAAUCCGGAAAGACGGCCUUGACAAUGACGUGGAGAAGCUGGUGUACUUCUGGCAGUAUGGCCGCUGGACAGAGUGCAGUGUAACAUGUGGAACAGGUAUCCGCCGCCAGACUGCCCAUUGCGUGAAGAAGGGCCACGGGAUGGUGAAAGCUACGUUCUGUGACCCAGAAACACAGCCCAAUGGGAGACAGAAGAAGUGCCAUGAAAAGGAUUGUCCACCCAGAUGGUGGUCAGGAGAGUGGGAAACAUGUUCAGCCACUUGCGGGCCCCACGGAGAGAAGAAGCGAACAGUGCUGUGCAUCCAGACCAUGGGUUCUGAUGAGCAGGCUCUUCCGGCUAAAGACUGCCAGCACCUGCUGAAGCCCAAGAGCUUCCUUUCCUGUAACAGAGAUAUCCUGUGUCCAUCGGACUGGACAGUAGGCAACUGGAGUGAGUGUUCUGUUUCCUGUGGUGGCGGAGUGCGGAUUCGCAGUGUCACGUGUGCCAAGAAUAAUGAUGAGCCUUGUGACGUGAUGAGGAAACCCAACAGCCGAGCCCUCUGCGGCCUCCAGCAAUGCCCGUCUAGCCGGAGAGUCCUGAGACCCCCCAAAGUCAUCAUUUCCCAUGGGAAAAAACUACCCACAUCCGAGCAAGACCCUUGGAAACCCAUCCCUCCAACGACAUCCAACCCCAGAAUGCUGACCAUACCCAUGGUGCCUGAGUCUGUGAGCACAAGUUCUCCGGCAGUCAGCAGCCCUAGUCCUACCACAGCCUCCAAAGAAGGAGACCUGGGUGGGAAACAGUGGCAGGAUAGCUCAACUCAGACUGAACUGGACUCCCAUGAUGUCAUUUCCUCUGGAAGUACUUCCCAGCCCAUCCUCACUUCCUGGUCUCUGAGUAUCCAGCCACAUGAAGAGAACGUUUUCAAAUCAGCCCCUGGUCCUACCUCAGAGGGAGACCUUUUAGCCACAACGAUGAGCGGUUCUGAUUUGUCAUCUUCCAGCAACCCUGUGACUUGGCACCUGACUCCAUUUUAUGCUACUUUGACCAAAGAGCCAGAAAUGGAGAUGCACAGUGGCUCAGGGGAAGGCAGUGAACAACCUGAGGACAAAAAUGAAAACAGCUCUAUAAUGUGGACCAAGCCCAGGGUACCUGGAAAUGAUGCUUCAGGGGAAAGAGGCACAGAAAUGCCACUUGGACCUCUGCCAACACCUUAUCUUUGGGGGGUGUCCUUGCGGUCACCUUUCAGCACAGUGGCAGAAGGACUGCUACCCAGCCAAAGGCCCACUGCUCUCAAAAAUGGCACACCCAGAGCUGAGGGGAUGGUCACUGAAAAGCCCCCUAACACCCCAGUCCCUCUGGGUGGAGACCACCAGCCCACACCCUCAGAAAAGCUGAUAAACCACAACCUCCCAGAACUUUCACGCAGUGUGAAUCUAACACGUACUUUUAGACCAGUCCUGACCGAGGAAGAUGCCACAAGUCUGAUUGCUGAGGGGUUUUUGCUGAAUGCUUCCAAUUACAAGCAGCUGUCGACGGGCCACAGCACUGCCUACUGGAUUGUUGGAAACUGGAGUGAGUGCUCCACCACCUGCGGGCUCGGGGCCUACUGGCGCCACGUGGAGUGCAGCACCCAGCUGAAUUCCGACUGCGCUGCCCUGCAGAGGCCCGAGCCCACGAAGAGAUGCCACCUCCGCCCGUGCGCCAGCUGGAAAGUGGGAAACUGGAGCAAGUGCUCCAGGAACUGCAGCGGGGGCUUCCAGAUCCGGGACAUUCAGUGUGUGGACAGCAGGGACCACCGGAGCCUCAGGCCAUUUCACUGCCAGUUCCAGGCUGGCGUUACUCCCGCACCGAGCACAAGCUGUAACAUGGAGCCCUGCGAGGAGUGGCAGGUGGAACCCUGGAGCCAGUGUUCCAGGUCCUGCGGAGGCGGAGUUCAGGAAAGGAGAGUGACUUGUCCGGGAGGACUCUGUAAUUGGGCGAAAAGACCCGCCUCUACUGCCCUCUGCAACAGGCACCCUUGCUGUCACUGGGCCGUUGGAAACUGGGACCUGUGCACUGCUUCCUGUGGAGGUGGCUUUCAGAAGAGGGCUGUCCACUGUGUCUCCUCAGAGGACAAUAAAACCGAAGACCAAGAACUAUGCCUAUGUGAUCAUGAACCCAAACCUCUGGAAUUCCAAAAAUGCAACCAGCAGGCCUGCAAGAAGAGUGCUGAUGUGCUUUGCAUCAAGGACAACUUAUCAACCAGUUUCUGCCAGACACUGAAAACCAUGAGAAAAUGUUCUGUGCCCACUGUGCGGGCUCAGUGCUGCCUCUCAUGCUCCCAGACAUAUGUCGUCCACACCCGAAGGCCAAGAAAGCCACAGUUGCUCAAAACCCCCAAAGCAUUCUAAGUCCAGGAGGAAGCCACCCGCCACCAGAGACUGCCACAGUCUGCUGACAGUGACCUGUUCUAGCUCCACGGGCCACUUCAUGGUUUUACUCUGUGCAUUUCAGGUCCAACUUUGGGUCGUAACAAAACAAAAUCCACUGUGUUCCAUUGGUGACAAAAUGUCCUUUGCAGGAGGUAUGGGACUGUGACACUUGAUGCUCCCUGAUAGACAAGCAAAAUACCCAGGAGAAUUAGGCAUCUCCUGGACUCAGCUCCUGGGAAAGUUGCCAGAUUAGGCAAGUCUGUGAAAUGAUGUCUUUUUUUUUCCCUCCUCAAAGAGAAAAACAAAAGAGACCAGAUUUUUCCCAGACUACCUCAAAAGUAUCAGGAAACAGAACCGCAUUUACCCAGGAAAAAAAGAAUCUUAUCAAUUAACCUUGGUAGAAUCAUCCUUUAUCUUUUCUCUUUCUUUCUGCUGGGGACAGCUGCUGUUUAAAAUGUCAUGGGAGAGCUUUUAGGAACGUUCCUUUCAUUCAUCCAGGCAAAGGACCACUUUCUUCACCCGGUGUUCACCUAGGGAGGAAGAGAAAGUACUGGCUACAUCCCUUAGUCUGUCCUUAAUUGCUGUAGACUCCAUAUCUGUCUGGGCUCUUCAGACGCCCGUGCCCACCUAGAGACACUAGAAUAAGAGGAAACGAGCAGAAACUGUAGGAUUUAGUAAACCUAAGGGAUUUAGGUGAGUCAUACAGAAGACAUUUUUGACCUGAGGAUAAUUUCUAUGAGAUCUCUUAAAAAGCAAAGGAACAGAAAUCGAGUAUUUGCUAACACACUUGACACUUGAACAACACGGGUUUGGACUGCAUGGGUCCACUUAUAAAUUUUUUUCAGUUAAUACCUGUACUGCUUUCCAUCCACACUUGGCAGUCCGUGGAUAUGAAGGGCAGACUGUAUGUGUUGAUCUGUGCCAUUUUGUGUAAGGGACUUAAGCAUCCACGGAUUUUGGUGCCUAUGGGGUGGUGAUCCAGGAACCAAUACCCCACAGAUACCAAGGGACCACGUACGUGUGAGGGAAUCAAAAGUUAACAUGCAGAUUUUCCACUGUGUGGGGUUUGGCACUCCCAACCCGCAUUGUUCAAGGAUCAACUAUAUAAGAAAGGGAAUGUGGGCCUUUAUUCUUCCCACUUUCUCGGGAAAUAUCCAUUCCUUUGCAGAAGAACAAGUGAGCCUUCCUGUCUGACUUUUCCUUUCUAGCAUAGUCCCUGCCUAUAUUCUGGUCCAUGGAUGCAACCUCCCACCUAACCCCAGGUUGGAAAAGGAAGCUUCAGAUUAAAAUAUUUCAGAGACCCUGGUAAAUUGUAUUAAGCACAAGAAUUUAAUACAGACUUCUAGUCUCAAGAAAAGAAACCCAGACUUCUCAAAAGCGAGGCAAAGAGGACCUACUUCCGAGUGCACCCAGUAGUUAUACUUUUGAGGGUCCUUUUCCUUGAGGGGAACAAGCCAGUCAGGGGGACUCCAAAAAACUGAAAUGGAAGUUAAAAGGCUUAUUCUGGAUCUCCCCACCACCCAUCAGGAGCCAAAGUAGGCUGUGGUCUCAAAUUCAAGGCAAAUUUCCUGGUUUCUAAGGGGAGGAAUUUACAUGAACUGAACCCAGAGAGAGAGGGUGGGUGGAGUCUCAAGGGGAAGCCGCCCACAGAUCAGCCCUUGACAGAUGGGAGGCAGGGAUGUGGCCUUCAUGUAAUGGGCAGCAUAUUUUCAGACUCAUGCACAGGUACAGUUACUAUUCACCAUGGAGCACAGUGUCCCAUAUCUCCUUUGAAUUAUCUACCCGUUCAGCAGAAUGGUGCUAUUGAAAAAUGGUGCUAAUACCUAGACGGUGGCAGAACGUAAACAUAAUAAAUAGAUGUGCAAGUGGGUAAGUCCAUCUACAUCUUCUGUUAAAUGUAUAAUGGUGUUGCUGGCCAAUGCCAGUUCUACUGCUCGGGUACCAGAAGCUUAAGAUUUUUAUAUUAUGUGCUUUUUUUUUUUUAAGCCAUCAAUGUAUAUUAUUCCGAUAAAUUUCUGUGGAACAUAAACACUGGGAUUGGGAUGAAAUUUAAGAUAGGCCAGAAACAAGAGGGAAGUAGAAAUGUUUACCUAAAGCCAGGGAACUUAUUUCUAGAUAAUAAUUACAGUUUUGUAUUCUCUCUCUUCAAAUAGAAACAUUGCUGGCUGAUGACAAUCUCUGGUGAAAUAAUAGUUUGAGAGAGAAGAUGCUUAAAUUGUUAGUGGAGCAGAACCUAAUUUUUUUCUAAUGAGGCAUUCAUCAAGACUGUUUCUGAAGUAUCGUGUAGACUUUCAGAGGGAUUCAUUUAGUAAACCACAUCGAUUUAACCUGUACUGUACUAUCACAGGGUUGUGCACGUUGCCAUGACCAGUCUUACAAAACUCAGGAACAAACUCAGCUUCCUUCUGACCUCAGCAAAAUAGGCCGGAUUUCCCAGUACACCAGAUGUGAUUUAGGACCCAUGUAGCUAAGAUGGUAGAAAUGGAGGGACGGCCUAGCCAGGUGCUCCAUUCUAGGCCUUUCUCCAGUUUCUCAAAGGCAGAAUAUUGGCUCCUAGUCAUGUCUCACAGAUGUGCACUUCCUGUUUUGAGGCUGUGUUGUGAGACAGUUGUAUGGGUUUUGACAGAUCGCUGUGCUUGUAACAAGAGAGGGGACUUAGAUUAACCGGGAGACUCUGAAGGUAAGAACAUACAUGGUACCUUCACCAUUUUCUUUGAUGCUCUCAGGAGCCAACAUGAAGCAGCAUUUGUUGGUUUAUUUCAUCCAUGUCUGCCUUCCUUUCCAACUUGAAUGAGCAAGUGAGAUGUGUAGCAAGAGACACUGGAUAUACAUUGGUCAUAAACCAGAGAAGGCUGCCACGGGGCCUGGUGCUCAAAUCCAUUAAGGCUCUCAAACCCAGUUUUGUUUACAUUGCCUUCCAUAGGGGUAGAGUUCUCUCUUCCCUGAAAAGUUGUGAGUUAAUGUAAUUCUUGAACAUCGAAACAUAAUUCAACACUGUGAGAAAACAAUAUUUUAAGAGACUAAACAGUGAAUACUUUUCUAAAAUAGGAAAUCAUUUUGUGAUACAAACAAUUGCUUCUUUGGAGGAAUGACUUGAUUCACAAUGGGUUUUCUUAAACAAGAGCACACUCCCCUUGGUGGAGUCCUACCAAUGCGAUGCUUUCAGGUAUUUAGUGAAUGUUUUUGAUCACUUACAUCAAGUUUCGGAAACAGAAUUUGAGGGGCUUACAUUGUUUCAGAUCACAAUUUCCCAAUCAAUUGGCUAAAAUCCCCCAAACUCUGAAAGCUACACUUUGCCACCCCACCGAUUGCAGGUCUCAGCUCUUCUCCCUCCUGACUUUAAGAUGAAGUGUAUCUGGGAUACUGCACAGCAACUCACUUUUGAAAGAGACCAAAUGACAAACUCCUGGUGCUACAACUUAGUCAACAUAUUUGAUGCUACUCCUGGUUUCUGUAUUGCUAAUUCAAAUAUUAGUAGUAGUAGUAUUAAGUUAUAUUACUAAUGAAAAAAUAUGGUUGGGGAAGCACUCUUCUACCUAUCAUUGUCCUCCAAAUUGGUUGUAUGAUACAUAUGGCCCAACCCACUGCCCUCCCUGCAUCUCUGUGCUGCUUUGCCAGGCCCAGCCUCAAGGGGUACCCCACUGGGUACUUCAGUAUUUAAAAACAUACUGUAAUCAUAGCCUGCCAUGAUAUGGCAUCAAUAAAUGGCC